AUGAGAUUUAGAUUACCAUUUAAAUACACAAGAGCACAGUUGGAAGUAUUCAGAUUUUCUUUUUGUCUAUUAGCUCCAAUUGCUGUGAUGUACUAUAUUGGUACAGAUACUGAUCGUAAAUUAAAUGUUCCUGGGUUUUGGCCAGAUCCAGAGAGUUUAAACAAAAUACCAAAAGAACCAUAUGAAAUUAAAGCUGAGUUAGCUAGAAUGAAAAAAGAAAAACUAGAAAAACGUUUAAAAUUAGAGAAACGGUUAGUAGAAGAAUUCAAUAUCGAUCUUGAAGCAGAGAAGGAGAAAGUUAGAAAAGAGUUAAGAAAUCAGAUAAGUAAAUGA